AUGUCCGGCGCCGGCGGAAAAGGUCCUUUGAGUUUUAAUACUUCGGCUUGCAAUUGGCACUCAAAAGCACCAAUUUUUCAGUUGAAUCCGUCCUCUUGGACAAAGAUAGCUAAUAUAAUAUUUUUGGAUUCACCUGUUGGCACGGGAUUUUCUCAUGCAACAAAUCCAGAAGGUUAUUACAGCGAUGAUAUUACAUCAUCAAGGCACAUUUAUCAGUUCUUGAGAAAGUGGCUUAAGGACCAUGAUGGAUUCCAAAAUAAUCCUCUUUUCAUUUCUGGGGAUUCCUAUAGUGGCAAGAUUGUUCCUAUCGUUGUCCAAGAGAUUUCUAAUGGUAAUUUACAUCAAUCAUGGCAUGAUUUUCAUAUGCUGUUUCUUUUCUGUAAAAUCUGCCUUAUUAUUGAGGUCACAACUUCACUGCAUAUUAAUGUAGGAAAAUAG